AUGAGCAAGAAGUACCGGGACGCGCCCUUGACGAACAUCCCCGGCCCCCGGACGACCGCGGGACAAAGUUAUUUCAGGGUCGAAUACCUCGCGAACCCGAACAAUUAUCUACUAUCGCGUCUCCAAAAAAUCUUCCAACGCAUGACGGCGAGCGCCGCGGACCGCACGGACGACAACGGCGUCAAGGGCGUCCGCCGUGUGACCUUCGACGAGGUCGUGGCGAAGACGGUGGAGCAACUCUGCAUGUGCCCGGCGGGCGUUCCAGGGGCGUCGAACCUCAUGCAGGCGUCGCCGGACCGGCCGGACGAGGGGAACGUCGACUACGCGAUGGACACGUUCCUCAUCGUCUGGCUCGGCGUCAACGGCAGCAUCAUCUCCGCCUGGGGCAAGGCGACGGCCUACAUGUUCGACGUGCUGUGCGGCGUCAGCGACGUCGUCGUCCCCGUGCUCGGGGACAUGCCCGCGCCCGCGCCGAAGCGCACCCCGGCGGCGUACCGCGACCUCGCGCGGAUGCUCCGGGAGGGCACCUUCCCGCCGCCCCCGGCGGCCCAGAAGCCGAAGCGCCUCCGCGUCGACGAGCCCUCGGCGCCGCCGGCCCAGGCCGCGGCGUCCGGGCCCGCCGUCGAGUCGCCCGCGGCGCCCGCCGUCGACGUCGCGGCGACCGUCGCGGCGACCGUCGUGGCGACGCCGCCGCCCGCCGGCGGCCCGCCGGUCGUCGUCGCGCCGAGCCCGGAUGAGCGCCACAAGAAUGCGCGGGCGGCGCUGUCGCAGAAUCGCUCCGAGAGCCACGCGCUCGCGAUCAAGACCCGCGAUCUCGAGAACCAGCUCGCGGAGCUCAAGGCCAAGAUGGACCGGCUCGACGUGGAGAAGCCGGCGCUCGAGUGCGAGCUCAAGGCCGCCGCGAAGGCGGCGGGCCGCACGCACGGCGCGAUGGACGCGUUCCUCGGGAAGCGCAAGGCCGACUGA